GACAAAGAACAAAUAAAACUUGAGGGCAGAAUGAAUACAGUCACUAGGUGACAAAGGAGAUAGCACCAAAAACUCUUUGCCAAAAAUGAGCAAAACGAACAAAAAAAUACAGUUGCUAAUACUUUUAACUACAUUUGUUGCAAAUGUCAGCUGCUUUUCGCCAGAGUUCCAGCAUUUUAUGUGGAAAGGCGAGCAAAUGCUCGGUUAUUUGAAGCCAGUUUCUUCCUCUAAUAACAACAUUGAAUCGAUUCCUCGGAUUUCCGAGCCGUGCAACGCCACUAUCAGAUGGUUGCUGAAUGCACCACAAGCCACGCCGCUGCUAGAAUACUAUGCUGAUGCCCUUGGCAAGCCUGCAGCUGGGGUUAAAAUUGGUGCAACUACCUGGCUUGGGUCGUACGAUGAAUGUGUGUCAUUACCUGGUUCGCACUACUGCUUUGCUCAGUUUGGGGCAAAUCUCAAAACUCCUACUGUCCCCACAGUCCGGUGGGGGUUGUGUAUUCCUAAGCAAUGCACUGAGGAGGAUUUGGAGAUUGGGAUUGAAGCCAUACUUCAAGCUUUGAACAUCACCAGUAAAUUUUUCCCAGUAUCUGACAAAUUGUCUGGUGUUCCCAAGAGUGUACACUGCGCUAAGCCUUCGGAGUACACUGGUUCUGUUAUUGCAACAUUGUUUGUAUUUGGGGUUAUUCUGUUCCUUUGUUUUGUGGGCACUGGCCUGGACAUGGCCUUUGACUUCUUCCCCUCAUCGCCGUCACCACCUAUUAUCGUGCAGGCCAAUGGUUUGUCCUUGUCACAGGAAGAUGUGAAUGAAGAAAGAGUAAAUGAUGAUAAUGAAAAGUUAGGAACAGCUCGUCCAGCUCUCAGCUCUUCUUCUAUGGAUGUUCUGAUUGAAAGUGCCAAGAAACAUGUGAUAACAGAGUUCUUUCUAAGUUUCUCGAUCAUCCGUAACACCUCCCGCAUCAUGGAUACGAAUGUCCCCCCUGGCGCCAUCACCUCCAUCAAUGGCAUGAGGGUGCUCAGCAUGUUCUGGGUCAUCCUUGGCCAUACAUUUCUCUUCAUGACUUUGGCUUCUGGACUCACAUCAAACCUCCUGACAUCUUACAAAGUUGUCCAGCGCUUCUCUUUCCAAGUGAUCCUCAAUGCAACAGUGUCAGUGGACAGCUUCUUCUUCCUUAGUGGACUUCUUGUCGCUUACCUCUCCAUGCGUCACAUGGACAAGACAAAUGGUAGACUAAAUCUCUUUAAGUACUACUUCCACCGCUUUUGGAGACUCACUCCUGCUUACAUGCUGGUGAUCCUAUUCUUCAACAAGCUGACACGAUUUCUCGGCGAUGGGCCACUUUGGUACACCGUGCAGCUGAAUCGACCCUGUGAUAAAUACUGGUGGACUAACCUUCUGUACAUUAACAAUUUUUAUCCAAAGGAACUGACUGAUGAGUGCCUCGGCUGGUCCUGGUACCUAGCUAACGACAUGCAGUUUUAUAUAAUCAGUCCAAUCUUCCUUUUUGCCGCCCACAGGUUUCGCUGGCCGGGUCUUCUCGUGUCUGUGGGUCUGUUCUUAGUCGCGUCGUUUUCCUCUACCAUUGGUAUCAUUGUUGCUGAUAACAUGAAUGUUGUUGGGACCACGAAUCCGCAAGGUGUCAAUCCCACGGACUUGGUCUAUAUCAAGCCUUAUACUCGGAUAGCCCCCUAUCUCACUGGGAUAGUGCUUGGUUACAUACUCCACCGAUACGAGGCUGAUAAGAAGAAGGGUAUCACCCGUGUCCCAGGACCCGUUAUCAUGCUAUGCGGAUGGUGUUUAGCGAUCAUUUGCGCGGUCGCUCCACUUUACGGCACCUACAAAACAGUGAAAAAGGACCACCCUAGUCCUUUCAACAGAGCCGAGAAUGUGAUGUACGGGACUUUCAUGAGGUUCUCGUGGUCCCUCGGUCUCGCCUGGGUCGUGUACGCCUGUCAUAUCGGCAAAGGAGGCCUCGUGAAUAAGAUCUUGUCCGCUCGGUUCUGGAUCCCACUCAGCCGCCUUACCUACAUGGCGUACCUUGUUCAUAUCAUCGUAUUGCUUGUCAUCUUCACCAGCACAAGAACUCUCUUUUACUACUCAGAUGUCAACAUUUCGUGGAACUUCCUGUCGGCCGUUAGCGCCGCGUACCUGUGCGCAUUCAUUGUCUCGGUUACCAUAGAAAUGCCCAUGAUGCAAUUGGAGAAGAUCCUCUUCAAGACGGACCGAAAGAAGGACUAGAAGAUAUGUAUAGGUUUGGGUUACCUGUGUUCAAAAUAGGAAAAUCCAGACAGGUUGUGGGAAACUCCCUGCGAGCUAGCCUCCUUCUCAAGCUGCUCCUUUCUCCUUUUUCGGGCUCAUGUGGGAAACGAGAGGGAGAGUAGUUCCCAGUUCCCUCUCCUCAACACAGGAAGCCCGACAUCUUAAAAGAAAUCGAUAAAGAAGGGCAUGCCUGUGGAGGAGGCUACCGGGGAGCUUGGGCCUACUGAUUUAGUUAACCUUUCAUGUACCUUAUAACAAUUAAUUUUCGCGUCACCUUAUUUCUAAAAAAAAUCGCGAAAAUAAAGUGUCGCAAAAAUGAAGUGCGCUGAAAUAUUAACCGUUUAAUAAGCUUUGUGGAUAAACCUUGUUGAUUUAGUCCUGAUCUUCAUGAUCAUCGUAUUUUGCUACUUAUUCUUCGAGAACUGACUUGUACAAUCAUGAAGCAUCCCAUUCACAGGUUCUUUGUAGUUUUGUUCGACGAAGGACUUGAACUUUUUAAUAGCUUGUGCUAUUAUUGUACAGUAAGUUUUUGAUGGAACUAAAUUUAACCAACGAAUGUUUUUGUUUUGAUGAUUAAAGCACAUUAUAAUUCA